GGUCGUGGGCUGGGCUGGGCUGGAGUAUUACCAAAAAAAUACAAUCCUGCACAAAAGAAACUGAUGAAACGAUUUCGUGCAAAGCGGGCCAUAAGAAUAAAAGAUAUGGAACCAAUGAAAAAAAAAAAAAUUUUUUUUUUCCCAACCAGAAAUAAUGGUACGAAAACUUCUUUCCCACCCCACCAAGCCUCUGUCAUAACUGAGAAAGGCAUCAGAAGGUGGCAUGAUUUCCGACGUCACACCACCUUCCAUCCACCCCAUCCCCCUGAGUGUAACUGUGCAAGUCUCUUUCAAACCGCUAAAACACUCCCCUUCUACCCCUCCCCUAACAUAUUCUGAUGUAUUGUGCUUGCAGGUUCCACAAUGGAGGUUGGAUACUUGGAGGCUUUCAGCAAAAUAUGGAACCAUUGUUGGAUUGAAUGGCACGAAAGAGGUCCAACAAAAACAUUUCUGACGGAUUUCAUUCUCGAGAUUUCCAACUACGGCUUCAUAUCGGCUAAAGACAUUCUCAUUUGUCUUCUCCUCGGUGUCGCUUUCACCAUAUUGCGGUAUUUUUUGACCGAGGCGCUUUUCAAGCCUUUUUUCAGUUGGUGUCAACUCCUUGAGAAAGAUCAGAAGAAGUGUCCAGAAAGUGCCUUCAAGUUUUUGUUUUACUCUUCAGCAUAUGGCUACUGUUCCUACAUUCUAUUUAAUGGUAAAUAUAACUUUUUCCAAGACACAAGUAACUGCUGGAAAGGAUGGUACAAAGGAAUGCCUGUUCCUCAAGACAUUUACAUGCUGUAUGUGGUAGAAGCAGGGUUUUAUUUUCAUUCAAUAUAUGCCACACUCUUUAUGGACCAAUGGCGACGGGAUUCCAUCCUUAUGAUUAUGCAUCACAUAUUAACUAAUUUACUUAUUUUCUUCUCUUUGGCUAUCAGGUACCAUAGGAUUGGUGUUCUGGUGCUUUUCCUUCAUGACAUCAAUGAUAUUUUUCUGGAGUUCAGUAAACUCUGCCUUGGUUUCAAAUCACGUGGUGGAAAAUAUCAUGUCAUACCAGACAUCCUCAGUGUUGCAGGAGUUUUGUCUUUUGCAUCACUAUGGUUGUAUUGCCGUCUGUACCUCUACCCUAUUAAAGUACUCCACUCCACUGGCUGUGAUGGUCGGCCAUACGCUCCUACAGCUCCAUUCUACUUCUUCUUCAAUGCCAUGCUUUGGAUGUUGUUUUUCAUGAACCUAUGGUGGUUUCAGUUCAUUGUGUGGCUCAUAAUCCGUAUAAUGGUUGGGAAAAGCCGUGGUGUAGAAGAUACCAGGGAGAUUCCAAAAGAGUCGGGAAAGAAUGGAGCACCUGGAAAAGCUAUGAAUGGAAACAUUGGAAAAAAUGGAGAACUGUCUGUUAGCAAUGGUGCAAAUCAUGUCAUACAAAGCAGUAACAGUGCAGAGGACAGCAAGAAAAGAGAAGAAAAUGGUGAACAUCAUUUCAAGAAGGAUAGCAAGGAACAAUUCCGCCAUAGACAGCCACUUACCAAACCAGCCAACCCGUAAUC